CAGCUCAACAUUCGCCAAAGAUGUAGCUCCCAAGUGUCAGCUCAGCUUCCAAACAUCAUUAUUUGACGCCCCAGCACCACUUCGGCAUUCAAAAUGGCAUCGGUCCUAGGCCUCUUCAUUGGUGGUGUAGUGACCGCCAUCCCCGUCGUUACAGGCGUUGCGGAGGGAGUCUCGUAUCAGAAGCAGCAGAACGAGGAAGCUGCGAACGAGACGCGGAUGAUAAAGUUCAACAUGAAUGUGUCUUGUGAGUCGGAUGAUGAGUUGGUGGAUGAAGUGGAUCAGGGGAUUGUUGUAUUGCGGCAUGACAAAGUCUGGAUAGUCCCGCGCGACGACAACAACAAACCCAUUCCUCCCGUCGACACUAUCAAACCACCUCUCCACGCCUUCGCAGGCUUCUACAUCCAAUACCCGGACGACGACCGCUUCCCUGCUGAACGCGGCCUUGUCUCCACUAUCUCCGACGAUCCUCCAAUGUUGAACUGGAUCUACGUCGACCGCACCACCUACGAACUCCGUUACGGAAACCGCUCUGCAUCUAUACAACACAUAGUCGGGGAAUGGGACUGGACAGACGACGAAUCAGCGGUUACACUUGACGGCUGGGAAGGUUUUGUUGCGGUUGAUGAGGGGGAUGGAGAGGGUACGAAGUGGGGCGGAGAAGGAUUACGGUGGGCGGUAUACUUUGAUAAGGAUGAUAAUGGGCUCAAGGGAAAAAGGGGGAAGAAACCCAUGUUGGAGGUUAAUUUAGAGAGGAAGUUGCAGAGUGAGGAGGAGCAGUUGAAGCAGCUAGAGGAUGCAAAUCGGAAGAUGCAGGUUAAGAGUCAGGGGGAUUUGAAGACGCAGUUUACGGCGCCUGCAGCGGAUAAGAAGAAGAAGAAGGUUUGGGGCAAGUAAUUGUUCUCCUUGGAUACGUUAGGGUGGCUAUUUAAACUGCCGUAUUCGGGGAACGGGCCCAUUGUGCUUUAUUAUAGACUUGAUAUCAGGGUAUGGGCAGGCGUCUUCUACACAUGGGUGGGUUGUGGUAUCAUCAUCCUUAUCCUGAAUAUGUUCAUUCUAUUUCAACUCUAUCUUAUAAUCGG